UUUUUGAACCGCUCCCCAUUCUACAAUGGAGGAGCGGGGCUCACCUGCCGCGGCAGCAGGCGACGAUGAUGGAAACGAGGACCCUCCCCAGUCAGAGAUGCAGUUAGUACUCCGCCCACCAUCACCUCCCUUCCCCAGAGCAGGAACCUACGUAGUCCAAAUCCCCAAAGACCAGAUCUACCGCGUGCCACCCCCUGAAAAUGCCUUAAUUGUUGAACGUCACCGGAACCCCGAAAACAAGAAGAAGUCCCCAUGCUGCACCAUUCGUUGCUUGAUUAUAGGAGCAAUUGUGAUUUCUCUGUGCCUCAUACUUUCCAUAACACUGCUUUCAUUGUCCCUCACUGUGAAACCUAAAGAGCCUAAAUUUUCAAUUACGAACGUGUACGUGAAGAACCCGAAAUCAAAAUCCUAUACCGGCAAGAAUUCACAUCCAAGCUAUGAAGUUUCCUUGAAAGUGAAUAAUCCAAAUGGACAUGGCAUAAACUACGAAGGUAGUGAAGGGGCUUCCGUUUUAUUCAAGGAAAAAAGCAUUGGCAAAGGAAAAUUUUCAUUAAAGAAACAAGAAAAAGAUAGUUCUGCCAAUGUAAAGCUUGUUCUCGACGGAUCCAAAGGAGCUUUGCCUCGUGAGGUUGAGAAGAGUAUGGAAAAUACUGAUUCGAAGGUGCAUCUGCCUUUAACUUUGAAAAUGGACCUUUCGGUGAAGGUGAAAGGAUUCAUCAAGACAUGGAAAUUAGAGACAGAAGUUGAAUGCCAAUUCAAGGUGAGUACAUUGGGGAAGGGUACAAAGGUCCUACAGCAAAAUGUGAAGCUAAAUUUAAGGGCUAAAGAAUUUGGUAAUCGUAGUAAAGGUGGUGGUGAUGUAUUUUCCUUUUUAAUUUUCUGUCAAUUUUUAUUUGCGGGUUUUAAUGGUUGCAUGGUGAUAUUAAUUGAUUACCAUUUUAAUUUUUUUAAUCAGAAAUUCCUAUGUUUCUAUUGUUAAUUGGUACAUUUUGUA